ACAUGAUUCUAUGUUGGGAAUUGUGUUGUAGAUGGUAAUUUUGUUUGUGAAGAUUGCUUUUUUAUUGUCAAGGAUUUCCUAAAAUAUUAUUCAAAUUGCACUUUCCAACUUUGAUGCGUCGAAAUUGCUUUUUAUUGUCAUGCAAAAUGGAAAUCAAGCAGCUGGCUUUUUCUUUUUUAGCUGUCGCUUUCUCUCACCCCCGUUUGUUUUUCUUCUCUUUUUGUUUUCAUGUACAUCAGUGCCAUUUUAUAACACAAGCCUCUUACUUGUUCUUUUUUCCCUUCUCUUCCUCUCCUCCUCCUCCUCCUCCUCCUCCUUCUUCUUCCUUGGUUUCCUGACUGGGGUUUUGUUUUAGAGAGCCUGCUGCUGCUGUCUGAAUUUGGUUCAUUGCUGCUAAGUGGAAGAGUAAAGACUCAUGAAAAGGCUAUUGGCUCUGGUUCUGUUUCUGGCAUUUAGUAGUGCUGUUCAGUACAAUGGAGAAGGAAAGAAUGGACAAUGUGAAAACAAGAAGUCUUUGGAUCCCAGACCUCACAGCGUGUCACUCUUGGAGUUUGGGGCAGUUGGAGAUGGGAAAACAUUGAACACGGUAGCCUUUCAAAAUGCUAUUUUCUAUGUCAAGUCAUUUGCUGACAAGGGUGGUGCUCAGCUCUAUGUUCCGCCUGGCAGCUGGCUUACUGGAAGUUUUAACCUUACCAGCCACCUCACACUCUUCCUGGAAGCAGGUGCCAUCAUUCUUGGAUCCCAGGAUUACACUCACUGGGAUAUUGUGAAACCUCUACCUUCUUAUGGUCGAGGGAUUGACUUGCCUGGUUGGAGAUAUCGUAGCUUGAUCAACGGACACAAUUUAAGUGAUGUGGUGAUAACAGGUGAUAAUGGAACCAUUGAUGGACAAGGUUCUGUCUGGUGGGAGCAAUUUAGCUCUCAUGCCUUGAAUUACAGCCGACCACAUCUAGUGGAAUUCACCGGGUGUGAUAAUGUCACUAUAUCAAAUUUAACCCUCCUGAACUCCCCCGCUUGGAACAUUCAUCCGGCGUACUGCAGGUAUGUGCAAGUUCUGAACAUAACUGUUCAUGCUUCUCCUGCAUCUCCAUAUACUAGUGGUAUAGUCCCAGAUUCUUCGGAGAAUGUUUGCGGUUGGGAUGAGUAUGGAAUUGCCUAUGGCAAACCCACCAAAAAUGUGCAUAUCCGGGGUGUUAACCUUCAAUCCUCUUUAGGCGCUGGCCUGGCAUUUGGCAGUGAGAUGUCUGGAGGCAUAUCGAACAUACUUGUAGAGCAGCUUCAUCUACGUAACUCAUUCAUUGGCAUUGCACUCAAGACAUCUAGGGGAAGAGGAGGUUAUAUGAAGGACAUAAUUAUAUCCAAUGUCGAAAUGGAAAAUAUUCACUUGGCAAUGGAGGCUACAGGUCAGAGUGGCUCACACCCUGAUGAAAAAUUUGAUCCUGAUGAACUGCCAUUUGUUAAAGGAGUCACCUUUGAGAAUAUGGUCGGCACUAAUAUCACUUUUGCUGGGAAUUUUUCUGGACUCGACAAAUCGCCUUUCACAUCUAUCUGUCUCUCAAAUAUCUCAUUCUCCAUCACUUGGAAUUCUUCUUCCUCAUGGUUCUGUUCCAAUGUGAUGGGUUUUUCAAAGGAGGUGUCUCCUAAACCAUGUUCAAACCUCCAGGACUCAACUUUUAACUCUUCCGCGGCUUGCUUCUUUUCCUUAUACCCAUUCAACUACGCUACAGUUUUGUGAGAUCAUCAUCAAAAAGACAAAAUACCCGUUCUGUUCAAUCUGUACAUGAGAUACCGUUUAUGCAGGAGAUUUUCCAAUAAAGCUCCAAUUUAUAAUCUUCCGUCUCUUCUCAUACGAACAAGCAUUCUCUGCCUUGCUACGAGAUCUUCCGAAGUGGUGUGUCAUCCUGAUAAUACAGGCUCAUGUAGAACCUCAUUUUUUCAUUCGUGUGCAAGGAAAUUUUGGUAGUGCAGUGCAACUCAGAUAGCUAUUGCUUCCAUUGUUUUAUUUUAUUUUGGAAUAUCUUUAGUUACAAUGUAAAUUCAUGUAAUGUGGACUGAUGCCAGAUUAAUCAUUGAUAUUCUGGCAAAGAGAGGGUGUUAAGUUAAGUGACUGAUGUGAUUGAAAUAAUGAGUAAUUGAAAA